UCUUGCUGGAAGCCGCUCACCCAGAGACCAGUGCUCCCCGACAGCAGACAGCAGUGGAGCAUGACACGGGAGGGGCAGUUGAGGGAGGAGCUGGGCUACGACCGCAUGCCCACGCUUGAGCGGGGACGUCCAGACCCUGGGCGGCAGGAGGCUGGCGGCUAUGCCCCGGACGGGAAGCCCAAGAACCUUCAGCUGUCAAGGGGGCUGCCCCCGUGCUUCAGCUAUAAGACCUGGGUCUUCUCUGUGUUGAUGGGGAGCUGCCUGCUUGUGACCUCUGGGUUUUCGCUCUACCUGGGGAAUGUAUUCCCCUCCGAGAUGGACUAUUUGCGGUGUGCUGCAGGCUCUUGCAUCCCUUCAGCAAUUGUGGGCUUUGCUGUUGCCAGGAGGAACAUCAAUGCGAUUCCCAACUUUCAGAUAUUGUUCGUUUCCACAUUUGCUGUCACUACUACAUGCUUAAUCUGGUUUGGAUGCAAACUGGUCCUGAAUCCAUCAGCAAUAAAUAUUAACUUCAACCUCAUUCUGCUCCUCUUGCUGGAGCUUCUCAUGGCAGCCACAGUGAUCAUCUCUGCAAGGUCCAGCGAGGAUCCGUGCAGGAGGAAGAAGGGAUCCAUCUCUGAAGGCACCAACAUUCUGGAAGAAGUGAUGUUUCCCGCUCGGGUCCUCAAGUCCUACUCUGUGGUAGAGGUGAUUGCUGGCGUCUCUGCUGUCCUUGGUGGUAUCAUCGCUCUGAAUGUGGAGGAGGCUGUCUCAGGCCCACACCUCUCAGUGACAUUCUUUUGGAUUUUAGUGGCCUGUUUCCCAAGUGCCAUCGCCAGUCACGUGACAGCAGAAUGCCCCAGCAAGUGUCUGGUGGAGGUGCUGAUUGCCAUCAGCAGCCUCACGUCCCCGCUGCUGUUCACAGCCUCAGGAUACUUGUCCUUCAGCGUGAUGAGAGUCGUGGAGAUUUUUAAAGAUUACCCACCAGCCAUCAAGUCCUACGACCUGCUCCUGCUGCUGCUGCUGUUGGUGCUUCUGCUUCAGGGGGGCCUCAACACAGGUACGGCCAUCCAGUGUGUGAGUUUCAAGGUCAGUGCAAGGAUGCAGAGUGCGUCCUGGGACGCCCAUACAGUCCCUCAGGAGCGGCCAGCAGGGGAGGUGGCUAGAAGCCCCCUAAAGGAGUUUGACAAGGAGAAAGCCUGGAGAGCCGUUGUGGUGCAAAUGGCCCAGUGA